AUGUUUGCAUCACCUGCACCUUCUGUGGCGAGAACGCGCCGUGCGGCCCAACCGAAUGCUCGACAAAGCCAACCGCCUCGACGUACAAGUGUUGCUCCACGUGCUGGUACAUCUAGACUGAAUACACCUGCUAUACGUGCAUCAAUUGGCCCAGGCCAUGACUCGGUUUCAGAGGACCAAGAUAUGAGGUCUGAGGCUUCAUAUGCAACUGUGACAGCUGCAGAAGCAACAGGACUACCUACAUAUGUUAAAACUCCAGAGUUGACGGUGGUUUUGAGCGGCCAUUUUCCAGAGGAAGUACGGAGGAUACUGGGAAGUUCAGAAAGCGACCGAAAUGCAUCAACCGGUCAAGUCGAUAUUCUCACUGGGUAUUCCUUCCUUGUCACCAAGAAGACCUGUUUCGUUUGGAACCCAACCAAGGCAAGAGGAUUUGCUCGGUAUCUUAACUUUCCCUCUGAGCCCCCUUUACAGAGAAGUCAUGGCUCCCCGACUUGCUACAUCUUUCCAACCCCUCGUGAAAAUAAAGAUGCUACGCAUACGCUAUUGCCCAACGUGUCAUUGAUACCUUAUGGAGCCAGUCGUGAGCCAGGUUUGCUCAUAGUCUCGACUGCCGGAGAGAUUCGAAUUUGGGAGAGCAUCAAUGCCGGCUUGGCGGGGGCUGAACAUUUCUACACCACCUCGGCCUCACUUUCAGGCGGCGAGUAUAUUUCCAGUCUUUACCGAUGCGAGGCCUCGUUCUAUAUUCUUGCAACGACCUCUGGUCGCCUCCUCCGGAUGGUCUUGUCAUCCCCUGGUGGCAAGACUCAGACCGUGAUCGCACCUUUCUCCCAGCACCAUGGGUUGCUAUCCUUUUCUCGUUUCUUUGGAAGAGGGACUGGGGAGCUGGACGGAGGUGCCGUGGUGGCUAUCUCCGAAACAGCCUCUGAAACUCGUCAAGCCCGAAGCAAAAACAUCUGGGCACUUACCAAAAAAACUCUACAAAAGUGGACCAUUGGCGAUGGAUGGGAGCAGAUGCCGUUUGAAUACGAUGUACGGGCGUCUGUUCAACAAGGUCUUGUUCCCGAGGAUCAAGAAGAAGCCGAGUUGCCUGAGCUCGACAUUGAGCUACACGACCUUAAAAUGCAAGGCAAUGAACACGCACUCAUUCUCUUCUCGUACUUGCCACUAAAUGAAUUGGAGUCGACUGACUCAGCCCCAUAUCGAACCUACGCCAUUGCAUCAUUCGCUCCAGCAGGCGAUGCUCUCACCUCAAUAAAGUUCGAUAAGGUGCCUUAUGAGGGGACCCGGGACCCCCGUCCUGCAUCCAACCCUACGCUUGAACUCAUUGACAAUGGGAAUGUCGCUCUUGUUCAAUUCGUCGAUGCAGUAACGCUUCAGUCUUUGAAUGCAGGAUCAACGUUCAAAACGCAUUUGAUGUUCAAGGAUCGUCGAUGGAAUCGCACUCUUGGGCACGGAGUUCCGGACAAGCAAGCACCUGGUUCGAACACGGUCGAACUGAUGCUCAUGACUGUUACAUCGGGCCAACUAAGUAUCCAUCUUGACCUUUCAAGGAUCAAGCGUGUCGACGACACGAGCAAGGUCAAUCAGUCUAGGGCCAUCAUGGAGCAAGCCAUUCGCUUCGGUACGAUCCAGGAUAACCCCUUCGUCUUCCGACUCGACCCCGAAUUAAAGGAGGCCGACUUGGGCAGCGCCGCAGUCGGUCUCAGCCGCGACAUUGUUAACUCGGCAAUUCAUGAGUCUCGCCAUGCUAUGGACCUGAGUCAACAUAUCAACCAGCGAUUGGGUCAACUCCAGGCACUUAUGAGAUUCCUUAAUGAGGACCACGCUACUGCACAUAUGUCAGAUUCAAGCAGGCAGUCGCUGGCCUAUGAUGCUGAGAAAUUAUUUGCUGCAAGCGCACUGUGGCAAUACGAAAAUGAACACUCUGGUCAACGUCGAAAGUCCCUAUUGACCGAGAUAAUUGAGCGUUACUUUGGGAAUGACAGUGCUCCAUCGGAAGAAGGUCCCGUACGGGCAUUCUUCAAGGGACACCUGGAAGACUUGGCCGAAAUUAUUAUAAACGCUGACUACGUCGUAGACGAUGCUUACCGAAGCGGUGCUCCCAACCUUGUCGAAACCCUUCGUGUGGCUAACCAACUGGUUAUGAUAAUCUAUAAUACUGUUAAUGCAUUCCGACAACAAAGCCUAGGCUUUUAUGGUUUGGAAGAUGCACCGCCUAGCCUCGCGCCUUGGACGAGUGAACCUGAAGUUCUCGAGACUAUGCAGGAGCUGUUCACAUAUACUGGUCGCAUGCUAGGGGAUCGGGCAAGAGACUUGGGCAAUACUCUAAAGACCGUACCAGCCGAGCGUGACAUUCAAAAUGAGCUCAAGGGCCAACUACAAGAUUUAGCUAAAUACUUGUUUGCCAAUUAUAGCGAGCGACUGGAAUAUUUGCAAAGACAAAAUGCAUCGGCAGAAGACAGGAAAGAAGCUGUAGCUUUAGACCAGCAGUUUGCGAAUUACAGGCCGUCGAUGCUACGCAACCUUGCUACCUAUGACCAGGGCGAGGAUGCAUUCCAGCUGGCCGAACAGUAUAGGGACUUUCGCAGUCUGGCAGAGCUUUGCAACGACAGUAAACUUGCCAGUGAUCUGCGAACUCAAAAUUACUUGGAGCGAUACCAACAGGACUUCGCUAGCGAAUUGUACCAGUGGUAUGUCGAACACGGUAAACUUCAAACCCUGCUGUUACAGGAUAAGAUCUAUUGGCCCCUCUUGCAUGGGUUCCUCCAAAGUACCGAUUACCCACGGAUUUCAUGGCUUCAUGAUAUAGCUGUUAGGGAUUUCCAGAGCACGACUGCAACGUUAUCAGGAGAGAUCGCAAAGGAGACCAAGCUCGACGCAAAACAACUUUUGCUUAGCUUGUCAAAGCUCUCGACUGUUGCUGAAAACAAUCUGGAGAGCUUUAAUUCUGGCCAGGUACAAGACGACCUCCAAGUCUACGACGACCAGCUCGACCUAGUUGAACUGCAGCGCGAAAUACGGGUCGAGUUCGAUAGUGUAGUAGCCGAGGCGAACGUUCGUGGCCGGCCGUCUAUAGACGUCCAAGCUGAUGUUCUAGCUCAAGAAUUAAUUCCCUCAACAGUAGAGGAUGCAAACAACGCACUUUUCAAACGCCUGGUGAAGCAACUGCUUCAGAGAAACGUACUAUCGAGUUACGAUCUGGUGGAUAUUCUCACCUUGCGCAUCAGCAAGCCCGAAUCUACCUCUUUCAUUGACGCUGCAUCCGUAAUUGAACGCACUAGCAAGGAAUCUAAAGAAUACAAAGAUGCACUCAGGACACUUUGGAGGCGAGCCUGGAUCGAGGACGACUGGAUUGAAGUUCGUGACCAAUCUUCUCAAACUGAUGAGCAGAUCUGGCAAAAUAUCCAACAAACUGCGGUUUGGCGGCUGAUAGUGUAUCUGCUCAGUGUUCAUGAGGAAAGUCUGAUCAUACCCCCCUCCGAAGCUGCUAUCACUCCUACAAGUGCAACGCUUAGUAGUCGGUUCCCUGAUCUUCCUAGCCACGCUAUAGAUGCCUUGCUCAGUGACUUGGAACUUGAGGAAAUCAAACUCCGACGGCUGCUUGAUUCGGGGGACGUCGAGGAGUGGUACGCCGAAGCUGUAGAACGUGCCAGACAAGUGACAUAA